CCGGGAGUACCGUGUAGACGUCCUUGUCGACUGCAGCGUGGCACAGAUGGGUGAACCGUGGAAACCUUACGAAACGGUUUCAUUCCGAAAGGAGGCCGAAGCUACGUCGCACUUCGAUGCUGCAAGAUAUGUUGGCAUUUAUUCUCGUGGUCGUGGUACUUACAAACCAGAGUGGCGUCUAUGGCACAACUAUCCUUUCUUCCAUUGGGCCUUACAAAGCUGUCACCGAACGAUUUCUCGACUUUGAACACAGUGAAUCACAGAAUCACUCACGUCCGUGGAGGUGGCAUCUCCGAACUACUCACUUUAACCCACAAAAACCAAAAGAAAUACAAUUGUUGAAUGGUAACGUUACCGCUGUAAAUAGAACUUUUGAUGACAGCCUUCCGGCUGCAGUGAUCUUAGAUAUUCGAUCAAACAAUCAAUGGAAGGAAAAUGCCUUUGUCUUUCGGUUUAGAAAGAGAGCUUGCACAGCUCUUAGAACAAAUAUCCCUUUCUUCUACGAUGCUUUGUUUAAAAAGAGUGAAAUGAAGGGUGUGUGCAGUCACGGACCUGGAGUGUACGAGGUCAAUAACGUCCCAGUGGAAUGGACUUUUCCAAACGUUCCCAUCAUGCCAUAUGGAGUCUACAGGUUUAGACUAAUGUGUGGUAGAGAGGAAGACCUCAUCUUUUCUGGAGCGGCAGAAUGUAGGCUUGUUCCUAGACUCGAGUGACCCUAGCAGUUGGUUUUGCUGUCAACCCUUCCACCUGCUACUAGAGCGCCAUCCGAGGGGUGGACGUCUGGGCGGCUUCUGUGUACAGGCCAAAAUGUACUCCAGGUGUUCUCCGACUGUUCUCCGGGUGUACUCCAGGCACGGUGGAGAGAGAGAAGGUGGCGGCACGAGAGUCUCCCAGCAUAGGGACCCAUGGGUCCAGAAUCUCGACAGGUUAGGGGAUUAACGGCCGAGUCGGGGCUAUCUAACGUGCCGGUACAGAGUACCUGCAGUCGGGGCGGCCAAUGCAGGUACGUGGGCCGCCCCGACUUAGCUUGAGCGGCACCGACCCUCGCCCGGCUCACCCGGCCGGAGUGUGCGAGAGAGAAGUCAGGUACGAGCCCGUCCCGCGCAAGCUGAGUCUGGGCUUCCCACCUACCUACCUGCACGGAGGCCCCGACUGAAGGUAGUGUGAACAGGCCCUACAGUUGGCCCCGACUAGGGCGUUAAUCCCCUAACCUGUCGAGAUUCUGGACCCACGAGCAGAACCCUCGUGCCGCCACCUUCUCUCCCUCCACCGUGACUCCAGGUGUGCUCUGCGCGCUCCGACCGGCAAUACCCAGUGUUCUCCGACUGUACUCCGUGUACGCCGUACUCCUGUGUACACGAAAAAUUCAAGUCGCCCACCCGCGCCAACCCCUCGGCGCCAUCUCUGUAAAUCUACAUAUCUGCAAGCCUGAACCAAAUGAACUCAGUUGAACCAACACGUUUCUAUCUAAGUCACAUGACCUCAGCACAAGGGCCCG